UUUAUCAACUUGUACCUUGUUUGGUUGAAUUAGAAUGUAGCAGAGGAACAGAACAAGACUGGGCUGUGAAGCAAAACGUUUUGCUCCUGUGGAUUUCUCAAGAUGGCCAGGUGCUACUGUUUAUUUGCAUCACUGGUGUUUGUGGGUUCCAUUGGAGGGAUAAGCAGUUCAGUGUUUCUCCGGAAGAAUGAAGCCAGCAGAGUGCUGAGGAUUCAGAAACGUUCAAAUUGGUUCUGGGAAGAAACUAGAUUAGGAUCAUUGGAAAGAGAGUGUUACGAGGAACUCUGCUCGUUUGAGGAAGCAAGAGAGAUUUACAAAUCGAACGAGAGAACUUUGGAGUUCUGGUACAGGUAUAAAAAUCUGGAUCCCUGUCUCAACCCAUGCCUCAAUGGUGGGAUAUGUAAAGCUAACGGACACACAUAUGUGUGCCUUUGCCCUCCUCUGUGGAAAGGAAAGAUUUGUGAGAGAGAAUAUAUAGAAUGUGAAUACAAAAAUGGCUUCUGUCAACAAUACUGCACUAAUGUGGAAGACUCGGAGAAUGUGAGAUGUAAAUGUGCAGAGGGAUACCAGCUAGAUACAGAUCAGCGGAGUUGUGUAAAACAAGUUCCGUAUCCAUGUGGAAUGAUAAAUGUAGAACCCUCAAGAGUUCGUUCGAUUGAUCAUCUUUCAGAGAAUUAUCACAACCUUCUUGAAAAUGACACUGACAUGGAAAACAACACUUAUAUUGAAAUGGUAUUAAAUGAUACUAAUGAUGAGGAAAACAAUACCAGCACUAAAGAGAUUAUAAGUUCUAUUGACGCUACGAGUCAUUUAUUCCGUAUUAUUGGUGGCAAUAUUUGCACUCGAGGAAUGUGUCCUUGGCAGGUGUUGAUAAAUGAUGAUGGGAAAUACGGAUUCUGUGGAGGGUCUUUGAUCAGCAGCUACUGGGUUAUCACUGCUGCCCAUUGCUUUGUAACUAUAAAGCCACAUUCAAUUACAGCAGGUGAAUAUGAUAAACUGAGAAGUGAAGACGUGGAACAGACUGUGUUAGUGGAGAAGUUAGUAAUCCAUCCUCAGUUUGACCCUAUCACAUACGACAACGAUAUAGCCCUUUUGUACUUAAGCAGUCAAGUGAAUUUUAACCAGUUCAUUUCUCCAAUUUGUCUGCCAAACUACCAUCUGAGCCACUUGCUUCUGGUGGAAGGACAGACUGGAUACGUCAGUGGCUGGGGAUUGACCAAUGAAAGAGGCAGGUCAUCUCGUUUCCUGCGACGUGUAAACCUGCCCUACAUUGAACAGGAAACUUGCAUAAAGUCAACACAACUGUUGGUCACAGACAAUAUGUUCUGUGCUGGAUAUGUGAACCAGGAGAGAGAUUCCUGUAAAGGGGAUAGUGGGGGACCCUAUGCAAUGAAUUAUCAGAAUGCAUGGUAUUUAACUGGUUUAGUUAGUUGGGGUGAAGGUUGUGCCCAACAAAAUAAAUAUGGAAUGUAUACCAGGAUCCCCAAUUACUUAUCAUGGAUAUAUGAAAGUUCAUUAGAGCACAGCAACCAUUCCCAGCACCUGAGAUACAACCAAUGAUGUAGAGAUGACAAACUUGGGCAACACUGAGUUACUAAAUGGGACACUAUGUAACAUCUCCAGAGAUACUGAUGUCUUUUCCAAACUUUAUGCUCCUUAUUUCAUCUUCAAUAGCUUCUCCUCCUUUCCCUAGCCAGUUCCCUCCAUGUGCCAACAAAACUCAUGUACUUAACUACAGUUACAGCAAUAACUAUUCAAAUUCCAUCAGUGGUUGAAGCAGCUGGCCUAAAAUAGCUGAAUGCAUUGCUGAAAAGCCAAGUUUGUUCCAUGGUCGAAAACUCAUGCUAUUUACAUAUACAGCAGUAGGUCAGAAAUGUUGUAUACCUUAAUUAGCUAAUUUGUCAGACAGUCCAGGACAUCUUAGAAUUAAGCAGCCUUAUAUUGUAUUGCUGUAUUCUUGUUGCAGGAAAUAAACUGUUUUAUUAAACCAUAA